UAAUAAUUUAAAUUAUGAAUUUACGACCUUAACCAGGACAUUAGAAUAAGAAUGGAAUAAAUCCAAUAACAAAUACUCCAAUAGAUUAUGCAUAAAGAGGGAAUCAACAACCAUAUUAUAAGUAACCAUACCCAUAACCUCCAAUAUAAUAUACUUAAAAUCCGUAACAGUACUAGAAUCCUUAUUAUAAUUAAACUCUUCCAUAAGUAGUACAGCAAAGUAUGCCAGAGACAGGAUAGAAACUACCUUUAUAGAGUGAUGCAAUAGAAUUGGAUCAUAUGAAUGGUUUUUCAGGUAGAUAUCGAGAUGUGAUUCAUUUGCAUCCUCAGAAAGAGUCUACAAUAGUAUAUGCAUUAGCUGGAUUGAUAGUAAUAGAGAAUUUGAAUGAUAAACAUUAACAAUUGUUUUUGAGAGGACAUGAUAUGGACAUAAGUGCUUUAACAUUAUCUAAGACAGGGAGAUUUAUAGCAUCUGGAUAAAUGGGAUCUAGAAAUGCAAAGACACCAGAAGCACCAGUUAUAUUAUGGGAUUUUAAUGGUAGAAAACCAAUGCAAAUAUUCAGAGGAUUAAGAGAUGAAAUAACAAAUGUUUCAUUUUCUAGUGAUGAUAAAUUUUUAGCAGCAACAGCAUCAAAUAAUAAUUUAAUAAUAUGGAAUUGUUAAGAUUAUACAAUAGUUCAUAAUAAAUUAUUAGAAGUUCCUAUAAAUUUAAUAACAUGGUGUCCUCCAAGAAGAUCUUCAACUAAACAUUCUUAAUAUUUGAUUGUAACUUCAUAAGGUUCAAAUAUAUUUUUAAAUACAAUGGAUUUUGAUGUAGCUUCAAUGUAAUAUUAAUUGAAAUAAGCACCAUGUUAAUUACCUAGUAGUGGAUUAGUAAGAAAUUAUACUAAAGCAGUAAUAGAUUAGAAUGGAGAUUAUUUAUAUGUAGGAACACAUGCAGGUGAAAUAUGUAUAUUUAGUAUUUCAUCAUAAUAAGGAGGAUUAUUUAAAGCAACAAUACCUAUAAGUAAUAAUGGUGUUUUGAGUAUCAAUAUAUUUGGAAAGAAUUUAUUUGUAGGUUCAGGUGAUGGUAAAAUAAAGAAAUUAACUGGAAAUGAUACAAGAUGGAAUUUAGAAAGAGAGAUAUGUUUGGAAGGUAGAAUGAAUUCAAUUACAAUUGAUCCAAAUGGUAAUGAAUUAUUAGCAGGUACAUCAAAUGGUAGAAUUUAUAGAAUAAAUACUGCUCAUUUAGAUUCUGCAAUUCAUACUGAAGGACAUUUAUCUAGUAUUGUAGGUUUAUCAGUACCAUUGAAUGCUUGUGAUUUAUUUAUCUCAAUUGAUUAUGAAGGAGUAGUUAUGGUUUGGGAUUUAAAUGAAAUGCUUGUAAUAACUAGAUGCAUUCCUAUUAAUAUGAAUAGAGUAAAAGGAUCAUCUGUUUAUUUAGAUCCAGAUAGAACUAUAAUAUCUGGUUGGAGAGAUGGUUUUAUUAGAGCAUAUAUGAUAACUAAUAAACCAGUAUCUCCAAUUAAAUGGGAAAUUGUAAAUGCUCAUAAAGGAGCAGUGACUAGUUUGUAUAGUGAUCAAAAUUAUUAUCUGUCUGGUGGUGAAGAUAGUAUUAUAAGAGUUUGGUCUAAAACUGCUAGAUAAUUAAUUACUUAAAUAUCUAUACAUUCUAAAGAAAUUACUAAAGUAUUCCCAGACCUAAUGAAACCUAAUCUUAUUCAUUCAUGUUCAGCUGAUAAAACUAUUUACACUUAUGAUCUUAAAACUGAUAAAAAAGUUAUAUAACAUCAAUCUAGAAAUGGAGUUUUACUUGACAUGACUUAAAGAAAAGACAAUGAAUUAGAAUUAAGUAUAUUCAUAUUUAUAUUAAAUAAUAGUUACUUGUGGAAUCAACAUGCCUAUCUAAUUUUGGGAUAUUGACAUUGUAGAACCAGUUUAAUCAAUUGAAGUCAAUAAAUUAAAUUCUAUAGCUAUCAGUCCAGAUGGUAAAAUAUUAGCUACUGGUUCUGAUUCUGGAGAAGUAUUCUAUUAUUAUAUAUUAGUUAAUUUUAAUAUCCAUUCUAACUCAAUCCAUUUUAGGAAAAUAUUUAGGACAUUCCUCUGGAGUUUCUAAAGUUGCUUGGACUAGUGAUUAAAAAUAAGUAAUAACAACUAGUUAUGAUGGAACUGUGUGCUUAUGGAAUAUUUAUCUAUGA